AUGGGAGGCGAUGAGUACAAACUGUACUUGGGUGGCAUCGUGGCGCAGCUACAUAAACAUUUCCCAAACGCCUCUUUCAUGGUGUUUAACUUUAAAGAAGGAGAACAGCCUAGUCAAAUAUCAGAUGUCUUGUCUAAGUACGACAUGACGGUUAUGGAUUAUCCUACUCACUACGAGGGUUGUCCGCUUCUAACACUAGAGAUGAUCCAUCACUUUUUAAAAUCGAGUGAGAGCUGGUUAUCAUUAGAAGGUCAACAAAAUGUUCUGUUGAUGCAUUGCGAAAGAGGUGGUUGGCCUGUUCUUGCUUUUAUGUUAUCAGGACUACUAUUAUACAGAAAGCAGUAUCAGGGAGAGCAGAAGACUCUCGAGAUGGUACAGAAACAAGCUCCCAUGGAGCUUCUUCGUCUUUCUUUUCCACUAAACUCGCAGCCUUCUCAACUAAGAUAUCUUCAGUACAUUUCUAGAAGAUCUUUAGGCUCUGAUUGUCGUUCUUUCGAGACGCCUCUUCUUUUGGAUUGCUUGAUUCUUAGAGAUCUCCCAUAUUCUCAAGGUUGCAUGCCAGUUUUAAGGGUUUACGGUCAGGACCCUAAUGCCGGACCCAACAGGAGUUCCAUGCUUCUCUUCUCUACACCAAAAACAAAGAAGCAAACUUGUCUCUACCAACAGGAAGAGUGUAUCCAGGUGAAGUUAGAUAUCCAGUGCCGUGUUCAAGGGGAUGUUGUUCUGGAAUGCAUGCACUUGCAUGAUGAUUUGGUGCGUGAGGAGAUUGUCUUUAGAAUCAUGUUCCACACAGCAUUUGUACGUGGUAAUGUUUUAGUGGUCCAACACGAUGAGAUGGAUAAACGUUGGAAGGCCAAGGACCAGUUCCCAAAGGAAUUUAAGGCAGAGGUACUAUUCUCCGGAGCUGACGCUGGGGUGCCUUCUAUCGCAACAUCCACAAUGUCAGAAGAUGAGGAUUUCGAUAUUAUUUCACGUAAAGAGUUUUAUGAAGUGGAGGAGAUCUGCAGCGGCAUUGACGGUCCUGACAAUAAGACUGACUUGGAUAGUUUCGUAGUUGUUGAUGUUUCUGAGGCCACAUCAGUUUUACACUCUUCACAAGCAGCUGUGUCACCUCUACCUCCGCUUGUGUCCUAUUCAAUAGACCCUCCUCAAACAUCUCAGCUCUCAUCACCACCCCCACCACCUCCUCCACCACCAUCUUCAUUUCCAUAUGCCUCGCAAAACAGUAGAACCGUGUUGCCUCCACCAUCACUGCCGCCGCCUCCAUUUUCAUAUGUGAGUCAAAACAGAAGAACCAUUUUGACUCCACCGUCACUUUCACCACCUCCACCUCCACCACCACCACCUCCAUUUUUAUAUGUGAGGCCAAACAGAAGAACCAUUUUGCCUCCACCGUCACUUCCACCACAUCCACAUCCACCCCCACCACCACCUCCAUUUUCAUAUAUGGAGCGAAACAGAAGAACCAUUUUGCCUCCACCUCCAUUUUCAUAUGUGAGGAAAAACAGAAGAACCAUUUUGCCUCCACGGUCCCUUCCACCACCUCCAUUUUCAUAUGUGAGGCAAAACAGAAGAACCAUUUUGCCUCCACCGUCACUUCCAUCACCUCCACCUCUACCACCACCUCCAUUUUUAUAUGUGAGGCGAAACAGAAGAACCAUUUUGCCUCCACCGUCACUGCCACCAUCUCCUCGGAUGCGUGCCCCAUCACCACCACAACCUCCCCCAAGGCGUGGACUAGCACCAAUACCUCCUGUUUGUAGAGGGUUUGUGGGGCCGCCACCUCCACCACCUGCUGGUAGACCAAGAUCUCUGGGUGGUGGACCUCUUCCACCUUCAAUGUUGGGUGCUAGAAGAGCUGCAGUUGAUCCCAAGAGUGCAGGAAGAAAGUUUGGCCUAUUACGUCCAAUGUAUGGAGCACCACCACCACCUCCACCGAUGCGUAGAGGAGCCCCAUUGCCACCGCCUCCACCGAUGCGCAUAGGGGCCACACAUCGUGUUCCGGUUCCUGGUGUUAGAGAGCGCUUGGGGCACCGCCACGGCGCCACCUCCAUCUUCAGGUGCAGACAGAGGGCGUGA